UCUACCAUUAUACAUCCUCCUUAACUUUUCCUUUUCCAUGUUCAAAUGAAUCCAAUUCCAAAAGAGCUUCUCUCUUUCGCCUAUAUAAUCCCAACCCAUUUCAUAUAACGUCAAAAAAGAAACAUUAUUGGGUUUCAUUAAAUGAAGACAAAACAAAUGGGUUUUACUAAAGAUCAAGAUCGGUUCUGUUCCACGCCUAAGCUUCCUCUGUUUUCAUAUCCAACGAACAUGCCAUACGAAACUCCGGGACUAGCUACACCGCCCGUUAACAUCGGCGGAUCUGUUCCUUUUCUAUGGGAAGAAGCUCCGGGAAAGCCAAAGGCUCGUUCUUCCGUUAGAAAACCGCCGAGGUCGAAUCGUACCGGAGAGAAAAGAGGAGCCGUGAGAAGCUUGGACCUUCCUCCGAGACUCCUUUUACGACCCGAGGAGCCUUGCAAAUCGUUUACUGCAGACGAGCCUUCUCCGACCACUGUUCUAGACGGUCCGCACGAUUUGCGUCGUCGUGCGCUGUCGCUUCCGAGAUCAGCGUAUGUAGUCAGGAAGUUGAGAGGUGUUCCGGCGCCGGCGCCGGCGAAGGAGAAGAGACUGUUUGGAUCGAGUAGAUGGGGAAGUUUCGAGAAAUGCAGAGAGGCGUCCGAGGGUAUAUUUGACUUUUCACGUUUUAGAGACGGCGGAUGUGAUUACCGGAGGGAUUGGACCGGAGGAGGAAGUGAUUUCUCCGGCGACGGCGGCACAAAAGUGAAACUUUUUAGACUAAAAAGGAAAGGAAACCUUUUUAACCUCUCUCAUGCAACAAAGUCAGAGUUCUGGGGAAGGGUUUACGAAGGGUUUAAGCAAGCGAUUCCAUGGAGGCGUAAGCAAGAGAAUCUGUAGAGGAUAAAUGAUUCCACUAUUAACAUCGAAUAUCUCUUAAACUUCUAAUUCUAUACUAGCUGAUUUACUGAUUCAUUUGUCUUCUAUUGUUUAUCAUACUUUAUUUAUAUUAUAGAAUAUGUCACUGAAAUCUAGUCUCUUAAACAGGUAAA